UCCGGGCAGUAUGGGCUGAGGGAUUCCAGGGCCUCGGGUGGGUUAUAUGCCGCAGGAUACAUCUUUAGUCGAACAAUUUUCUACUAGCGAUGCUCUUUAUUACUUCGGCAGGAUCAAUGGGCUUGACGAUAAAGAGAUCGAAACGAGACAUAGGUUUUUCUCGGAAUUGUUCCAACUGCCUCCAGCAAAUCAGUUGGUGAAGAACAUGAGUGGAGGUCAACGAAGAAGGGUUUCCUUUGUCGCCGCAUCGAUGCAUAAGCCUGAACUUCUAAUUCUAGACGAGCCUACCGUAGGUUUGGACCCAAUUUUGAGAGAAAAGCAA